AUGCUUCUUCUCCGCUCUCCAUUCUCAUCUGGCCGUGGUGCCUCUUCUGACUUCGACAACUUUUUCGAUGAAAUGACUCGCGGGUCUCUUCUUCCAUAUUGGAGAGACGCCGAUCAUAACUCGUUCAACUUUUCGGACACUAUUGGAGAGAUCAUCAACGACGAGUCCAAGUACGCCAUCCAACUCGACGUCUCUCACUUCAAGCCAGAGGAUUUGAAGAUUGAGUUGAAUGGAAGAGAGCUCAAAGUCGAGGGCUCCCAGGAAACCAGAACAGAACAUGGAUACUCUAAAAGAUCAUUCUCGAAGAUGGUGCUUCUCCCGGAAGACGUCGAUGUUGCCGCGUUGAAAUCCGCGAUUUCAAACGAGGGAAAGUUGCAGAUCGAGGCGCCGAAGAAUGCGAACAACUCGCGUGUUAUUCCGAUUAAUCGUGUCGCCAACCAUUAA